AUGAGCUCCCCCUUCUCUUGGGGGGAAAGUCCCCCCCUUUGCUCACCCACAUCUGAUAUCGGGACCAACUCCUUCGGUCGGCAGCCGCGCGCGGUGAUCAUUGGGCGCGCGUUCUCGCAGGAAGAUGUUGAGGCUCUCCGCGACGCUUGCAAGGGAAUCAACAAGGAUCCGGUGGCAUGGAUUGUUGGUAACCCAGCCAAGAAGCCGCCUGCUGGUGCCCCGUCCCGGCUCCCAGAAUACGCGGCGGCUGUAGCUCGGGAUUGUAAGGACACUCUUACGAAGUGGGUUGAGAGGGGCGCAUCGAAGGAGGAGCUUUUACUCUUCUAG